CUUGGACAUUUGGCACAACAGCGAGAAGACACCGCCCCGCCUCGCUGCGGGUUUGUUUACAUCACGUGGUCGGCUCAGCUGACGAGACGGCGCUCCAGUGUCUUUCCUGUCACAUUGCUUUGUCUUCACCCCACAUCCGCUAAGUCUCGUCUGUCACCCUCCCUCAUCGCAUUAUGUGACCUUGAGCCUAGGUUGGUGAUGUCAUUACUUCAGGAACCAAGGACACUGCCGACCGUAUCUAUUUUACAACGCCCCGAGACCAACCUUCACCUGACACCUCACUGAAAGAACCACAGUAGUCUCUUUUCUCAGCAUAAUGUCAAGAUGGCAGGCAGAACCAAGCAUCCUCAGGGCCACAGCUUUCCCAUCAGGCCCUCUGAAUCUCCCUCAAAGUCUUGACAUCCAGUCCACUAUUGCUCCCCCAACCUUCAGGCCAUGGGGACCCAAUUCUGCCAAUGAAGACAUUGUGGUACUGGCUGAGUUCUCUGAGAUUGAGGGACCCAUGCCUCUUCUCUCUAUACCUCAGUUACCAUCACUCCAAAUUGACCUCAAUGAAUUUGUUGUGAAAGUUUUGUCCACAGACUACCUCAACACAAGUGGUGAGUUCCGGGUGUAUGAAGAUACUCAGCUGGUACAACAAGACCUAACCCCCGAAGUGCAUGUGUAUGUCCAUUACUUCACGCUCUACGAUGUCCGUGCUCGGGGCUUUGUGCGACCCAUGUGCCUAUCCUACAUUUCGGCUGAUCACCAGAAGCUACUCUAUUACUUUUCACAUCUCAAACAGAAAUUUACAGCUGCUACAGAGUUCUUGAAGAUGAGCAACUUCACCUGGUUUUCAAAGGAGAUGGAAGGACUGAUUCGUGACCUGGAGUACACCAAGGACCGCUUCAUUCAUUCCCAACGCACUACUUUUGCUCCCACAUCCCUUGAAUCCACAAGAGAUUCACCUUCUAAAGAGGAGGACAUGAAUGAUUCUCCAAGCAAGGACAAGAGCAGCAGUGUUGUUAUGACUGUACAACUUAACGAUUCGUCAUCUAACUUAAAUCUGCCAAACCCCAGUCAGUUGUUUUCUGAAGAUGGUCCUCCAUUAGAUGUUCCUGACCAAAUGAAGAGGGAAGACCCUGGCCUUUCCCCUAUAAUCAAGACUAGUCCAAAGGAGGAGGAGGAAGAAGAGGAGGAGGAAGCUCUUUUAAAGCACACAACACUAGAAAGCUUAGCAACGCAGCUCAUGGAAUGUCAGCAUAUCCUGGAUGUCAUCAGGCCACAUAUGGAAAAGAAGGAUAUUGAGGAAGACCUGAAUAAUUUGACCGAGCUUAUCAUGUCUAGCACUCAUUCACCUCUCUUCAGAGCAUUGAAAGAUUUAGGAAUGCUGGAGAAGCCUGAGGUCAAGACCCAGCCAGCCAUAUGCAUCAUGUCUCUCAUGAAGCGAAAUUUCCAUGACAUGCGUUCCAUCCAGCAGUUGUGUGGAGUAGGGUAUGUGCGCUGCCUGUUCCAGUUGCGGGGCAUCUAUGAGAAAUUCUGCAAGCCAUUCCUUACUCUUAGAUUUGAAGACCUUGACAGUGAGAUCUACAAGAAUCCAUUUGGCUCCCUGUUCAUUGGGAAUAUGCCUGUCAUUAACAUACUAAAGGAUGAGGGGAGCAGCAAGCCCCCACUCCAGACCAGUCCAUACUCUGGCUUAUGUUGGGAUACUCAUUUUGUAAAGUUUCUCAGGAAUGGUACAUCCCAUGUGUCCACCCCAGACUCAGAGUACAUAGCUGCUGUGGACAAUCCCUUGGACAUAGCUCUUGUAUCUGCAGCAGCUGACUGUCUGGAAGUAUUCUCUCGCUCAGGGGAAGAAAAGAUCUCCAAUGUACAGUCACCAGAAAGCCAGAACCCCAAUAGUGAAAGUUCUGUCAAACAGGACUCUUCCAGUGAUAAAAGAGAUGAUAAAAAUAUAACUGAAUCUCCAGGAGUAGAGGAAGCAAAGGACACAGUUGAAAACAAGUGUUCUACUUCACAAAUAACUAAAGACAGGAAAGGUGGCACUGAGGAGAGAAGAAAGAUGCUGGUUACUCAGUCGAGUGUGACCAGCAUGAGCAGCUGGACCUCCAAUCCAGCUCUGGACUUUGUAGAAUAUGAAGACAUUCAUGAGGAGGAGGGGGUGGAGGAAGAUGUCUCCACUUUGGCCAAGGGGGAAUUAGUCCCUCAAGUAGAUAUUGACAACAGAAAGGUGAUCAGUAAAGUAUGUCGGUUGGCUGGUCUGGUGCAGCAGUUUUGUGGGGUGUCUCACUGUUUGGUUCACUCCCUACUCUCUGGCCGGCCUGUUCUCAUUGCUGCAGAAGAAGUUUACAAGCCAACUGUCAUCAUGUAUGUACGAGCUCUCUCCACCCUCCUGCCACGGGUCCCAACCACUCAACUGCCAGUUCUCAGAUGGCACACUGGCACUGUGACAGAGCACCAUCUGCAGCAGUAUAAAGUGAUGGGGGUGUGCAUCCCUGAACGCCUCCAUGUCCAGGACCUCAUGUCAAAUGCAACACUGAACCAAGUGACGGUGCUUAACAUCGAGACAGGCCACAUCUCAGGGGUGGCCUACAGUGGCACUCUGGUUCGGGGGGUGGAGCACUAUGGCCGUAAGCUGUUUCACUCAAAUUCUGCUCUCCAGUCGUGCCUGCAGUCAAUCAUAAUAGGUCUAGGUCUGAAGGUGUACCUGCUGCACUACCUGAUGGGCAUCACCAACCGCACCACAGGGGAGAUCUUGAAGGGUCUUGGGGUGGCUAAGGGAGACUGGGAUAUUAUCAUUUAUUUGGCUGCACUACUUCAAAAACAGUUGAAAAUGAAGCAGGAAAGUCUUUCAGUUAAUUAGCUUCAUUACUUAUAUGUGGUGGUUAUGAUUCUUUAUUGAUUACUCAUUCAGUAUUAUCUGUAUCAUUGAAAUUGAAUGUUUUUUUGCACAUAUUUUGAUUGGACCUUUUUACCACUUGAUAUUAAACUUGAAUAUUAUGCUACUUUGAAGUGAGUAAAGCCUCAAGUGGCAAAGCAUCACAUGGCAAAGAUUUGACAUCAGUCCCAUUCCAAACAAAUUAUUCUUUUUCUUAUAAUUUUUUCUCAUGGUGGCAAAAAAUUUUUAGUAUGAAGAAUCUUUCACUCAAAAAUGUCAUAGAAUUUUAACAUUAUUAAUUGAAUCCACUAAAUUAAAAAGUCUACAUUAAACAGAAUUUUUUUUUAAUAAUAAUAAUAAUAACAAAAUCAAUAACAACAAUAAUAAUAAAAAUAAUAAUAAUAAUGAUAAUGAUAAUAAUAAUAAUAAUAAUUAUAAUGAAUACAUUUUCAACAAAAGUUUAUGGUUAUAAUCAUUUUGCUCAUGACUAUUACCAUAAUCACUUAAAUCAGUGUUAAAGACAAAAUAAUUUAAUUCAGUAUGUUAACAAAGAGCCAGAUAUAUUAGUCAUUCAUUUGUUUGUUUCACUUCUAGUCAGGUAGUGAAUCCUGGAGGUACUGGAGUGUUUUCUCUCUUUCUACCCAUUUCACUUAAGUGCCUACCACUGUCUUACUAUCUAUUUAUAAUGGCUAUUUUGAUACGAGAGAAUGGGUGAA